AUGGUCUUUUCAAGGGCUCUUAUGUUUUCACUCGCAACAAUUUUUCUUCUUCUUCUUCUUUCUUCGUUACCCUUUUCGUUCUCGCUCGAGGGAGAAACCCUUUUUACCAGUUUCAAAAUUUCAGGUAGAAGAACAGAAAGGUUACUUUCCGGUAGUGAUUCGAGUGAAGGAGAAGUGAACUCAACGCUGGUUUUGGCUGCAAGGAGAACUAACAGAAAAGAUCCUCUGAACAAUUUUAACAGAUAUAGUGGCGGCUGGAACAUCAGCGACCGCCAUUACUGGGCUUCAGUGGGUUAUACAGCUGUGCCUGCCUUUGUAGUGGCCGGGAUAUGGUUUGUGGUCUUCGGGCUUUGCUUAACUCUCAUAUGUUGCUGCUUUUGCUGCUGCCGGCAAGAGCCUUAUGGCUAUUCCCGAGUAGCCUAUACCCUCUCUCUCAUUUUCCUCACACUCUUUACUAUUGCUGCAAUUGUUGGAUGUAUAGUCUUGUACACCGGACAAGGGAAAUUUCACAAUAGUACUAUAAGCACGUUGGAUUAUGUUGUCGGUCAAGCGAAUACAACGUCCAAGAAUCUGAGGAAUGUGUCGGGAUAUCUUGCUGCGGCCAAGCAGAUUAACGUGGAGCAAGUGUUUUUGCCUCCGAAUGUUCAAACGGACAUUGAUCAAAUCCAAAACAAGAUAAACUCCUCGGCUAGCUUGCUUUCCAGUAAAACGGAAGAUAAUUCUGAAAAGAUCAAGAAUGUAAUUGAAUAUGUGAGAUUGGCUCUUAUCAUACUCUCUGCUGUCAUGCUUCUUUUGACGUUUCUUGGGUUUGCAUUUUCAAUCUUAGGGCUGCAGUUUCCUGUGUACAUCUUGGUGAUUACUGGAUGGAUUCUUGUGACAGGAACAUUCAUAUUGUGUGGAGUUUUUCUUCUUCUCCACAACGUGACUGGAGAUAGUUGUGUGGCGAUGAAUGAGUGGGUUCAGAACCCAACUGCUCAUACGGCUCUAGACGAUAUUCUGCCGUGUGUGGAUAACGCAACUGCCCAAGAGACCCUGACAAAGAGCAAGGAGGUCACGUCCCAAUUAGUCGGCUUGAUGAAUAUGGUCGUCACGAAUAUUUCCAACAACAAUUUCCCACCCAACAUUGGCCCGUUCUACUACAAUCAGUCGGGCCCUCUCUUGCCAAACCUUUGCAAUCCAUUUAACCCUGACCUUACAGACCGUGCUUGCUCCCCAAGUGAAGUCGAUUUGGACAAUGCAACAACAGUUUGGAGUGGAUAUGUUUGCCAAACAUCGGGAAAUGGUAUUUGCGUGACGAGGGGCCGACUAACGCCAGCGAUGUUCGACCAGAUGUCGGCAGCUGUGAACGUGAGCUACGGGCUGAACAGGUACGGCCCGUUCCUGGUCGAGCUCGAGGACUGCAGUUUUGUUCGGCAGGCGUUCUCAACCAUAAACGGGUCUCAUUGCCCUGACCUGAGAAAAUACAGCCAGUGGAUUUAUAUCGGGCUUGUGAUGGUUGCUACUGCAGUUAUGUUGUCCCUCGUAUUCUGGGUUAUCUACGGGCGAGAGAGGCGGCACAGGGUGUAUACGAAGGCUCACACGCCGGGAGGCAGUUGA